CCCGCCGAGAUGGGGGACGGGAGCUGGGUGUGUCUGAGCCCCUCCGAGUUCAGCCAGCUACAGCAGUACAGCGAGUAUUCCACAAAGAAGCUGAAAGAUGUCCUGGAUGAAUUUCACGGAGAUGGCGUCCUUGCCAAAUACAACCCAGAGCAGCCCAUCGAUUACGAGGGCUUCCAGCUCUUCAUGAAGACGUACCUGGAGAACGACAUUCCGGAGGAGCUGUGCCAGCACCUGUUCACCUCCUUCAAGAGCAAGACGGGGGACGGCUCGCCUGGAACGGCCCGCACCGGCCUGCUCGGGGUGAACGGUAAGAGCAUCCUCACCGCCAUGGCUCGCCACACGCCCGAGCAGGCGGCCGCCGUCAUGGCGACGGGGUCGGGGGCCACCACCUCCCCCUGCUCCUCCCGCUCGUCCUCCCAGAGGUCCGGCACGGGGGGCCACACCCCGGGGGGCCACACCCCGGGCGGGCCCCAGCGCUCCCCCUGCGCCCAGCCCAGACCCCCGGGGGCCGGGAGCAACGCCCUGGCCCCGUCCAACUGCCCCGCCUCCCCCCACCUCACCGCCCAGUCCCCAGACCGGACUCGGGAGAAGCGGGCGUCGCUGCGCAGGAGCCCCUCCCCGCAGAAGGGGAGCCCCCUCCCGUCGCCCCAGGUGGUCUUUCUCAAGGACAUCGUGUGCUACCUGUCGCUGCUGGAGAGGGGGACCCCCGAGGACAAGCUGGAGUUCAUGUUCCGCUUGUACGACACGGACGGCAACGGUCUGCUGGACAGCUCGGAAUUGGACCGCAUUAUCAAUCAGAUGGUGCACGUAGCUGAGUACCUGGAGUGGGACUCCACAGAGCUACGGCCGAUCCUGAAGGAGAUGAUGACGGAGAUAGAUUAUGAUGGGGACGGCACGGUCACGCUGGAGGAGUGGAUCCGGGGCGGAAUGACCACCAUCCCGCUCCUGGUGCUGCUCGGGAUGGAGACGAACAUGCAGGAGGACGGGCAGCACAUCUGGAGGCUGAAGCACUUCAACAAGCCGGCGUACUGCAACUACUGCCUCACCAUGCUCCUGGGAGUGAGGAAACAGGGCCUCUGCUGCGCCCUGUGUAAGUACACAGUUCACGAGCGCUGUGUGUCUAAAGACAUUGCCGCCUGCAUCAGCACCUACGCUAAGUCCCGCCGACACACCAACGCCAUGCAGCACGUGUGGAUCGAGGGGAACUCUCCCGCCAAGUGUGACCGCUGCCGGCGCAGCAUCAAGUGCUACCAGGGCCUGACGGGCCUGCACUGCGUGUGGUGCCAGAUCACCCUCCAUAAUAAGUGUGUGUCCAACGCCAGGCAGGAGUGUGACGGAGGGGCUCUGAAAGACCACACCCUACUGCCCUCCUACAUCUGCCCCAUAGUCCUGGACCGUCACUCCACGGUGAAGCGUGGAGAGGGGGACUCCAGUCCUGAGGACACGGGGCAGAGCUUCAAGUUCAGCGGAGACGGGCAGGGGAUGCAGAUCACGCCGCUCCCGGGGACACACCCCCUCCUGGUUCUGGUGAACCCCAAGAGCGGGGGCCGGCAGGGGGAGAGGGUCUUGCGGAAGUUCCAGUACCUGCUGAACCCACGGCAGGUCUACAGCCUGGACCGAGGUGGACCAAUGGCUGGGCUCAACUUCUUCCACGACGUUCCGGAUUUCCGGGUGCUGGCGUGCGGAGGGGACGGGACCGUGGGCUGGAUCCUGGACUGCAUCGACAAGGCUAACUUCUCCAGGCACCCCCCUGUGGCCAUCUUGCCCCUGGGCACGGGGAACGACCUCGCCCGCUGCCUUCGCUGGGGUGGAGGUUACGAGGGUGGGAAUCUGCUGAAGUUCCUGCGGGAUAUUGAGCACAGCACGGAGAUGGUGUUGGACCGCUGGAACAUCGACAUCGUCCCCGACAACAAGGAGGAGAAAGGAGACGACGUGCCGUACACCAUCGUCAACAACUACUUCUCCAUCGGCGUGGACGCCUCCAUCGCACACCGUUUCCACCUGAUGAGAGAGAAGCAUCCGGAGAAAUUCAACAGCAGGAUGAAGAAUAAACUCUGGUAUUUUGAGUUCGGCACCUCAGAGACCAUCGCCGCCACCUGCAAGAAGCUGAACGAGAGUCUGGAGGUGGAGUGCGACGGGACCGUCCUGGACCUCAGCAGCACCUCGCUGGAGGGCAUCGCCGUGCUCAACAUUCCCAGCAUGCACGGCGGCUCCAACCUGUGGGGCGAGACCAAGAAGCGGCGGAACUACAACCGCAUGAGCAAGAAGGUUCCGGAGCGCGUGGCGAUGAGCACGGUGACGGACGCCAAGGAGCUGAAGUUCUGCGUGCAGGUUCCUGGGGUCAAUGGAGCUGGUCCAAGCACACCUUCAACAUCAGGGCUGCUGGGGUUUUCCGAGAUUGAAGUCCCUUGGAGUGAAAAUAUUCUGCAAUCAUUAUUCUACGUCUCCAGCUACUGAGCAAACAAUGGCUGUCCGAGCUGUUUCCCACACGCGUGAUUCUCCAUGCGAAGAGACACCAAAUGGAAGGCGAGCUGUUCCUCUCUCUCUCUGCGCUGAGUUUGGCCCUCUGGCUGUAAAUGAGAAUCCAGUUCACUCGGCCGUUGAGAACAGUUCUCGCUGUAAAACUAGUGUCUUCUUCUCAAGUGGAGUUUUUUCUUGACAAGUGAAAUUUUCUUACCCCAUUGUCAAAUCUUGAAAUGAGUCAAACCAUCUCACCUAAUUGGCAAUAUUUUUGUUCUUUUAUAAUUUCAUUAAAAAAAGUAAUAGCAGUAAGAUUUGAAGUCUAAUUGUAUGACUAAAACACUUUUUGUUCAUUUUUUUGUGCUGUUACCGUGUUCCUGUGGCCCUCAAUUUAUUCAUUCUGAUUAAUCAUUUUUUUGUAAUUUCAGUUUUUUUCUCUCACUCAGAAACCCAGCAGUUUUAUUCAGAAAGUACUUAAGGCUGAAACGAGAGCACGUGACAUCACAAUGAAAAGGGCUGUGACCUCACAAUGAAAAGGGCUGUGACCUCACAAUGAAAAAAGAACAAUGACACCUCGGUGACAGUUCCACCACAUCCCCCUUCGGUGUAAUGUGACCCAGCGGUGAAACGUCCCUCAGAGGGGGUGGGGUUAAUUUGUGAAUUUGUGGCACCCCCUGCCUGCACCUUGGGGGCUGAGGACAGCACUGGAGCUGGCAGGACGGAAAGCCAAGGUCAAAUCUGAGCAGCUGCUCAGCACGACCAUGACUUAACCUCUGUAUCUGCUGAGC